CUCGCGGCCGCUGCGGCCCGCCGACAUUCCGCUCCCAGUCUUACCGCGCACCAGCUGUGCGCCCGAGCGUAAGACCUUGUCCGCGGAGCGAUCGCUACUGUGUGGACGUAAUCCAUAUUUUAAUUAAAAUUAAGUAUUUGAUAAAUUCUGUGAAUCCCAUACUGGGAACUCCCUACGGGGUCGGCACGUGGCCGUCUUGACCUUGGGCUUUGGAAGGCCUAUGUGACCACCUCGAUGGCAAGGCUACCAUCGACAGCUACCACCGCGUCGGCCUAGGACGACCUCGACCUUGACCUUGGAUGACCUUGACAGUGGAUGACCUUGCCCUCGACUUCCUUCGCUUCUGGACGCCAGUCAAACUCAACCACGCUACGCACAGCCGAGGGACGUGUGGUAUUAUACAAGGACACCGACCAGUUCUCCGGUAGUCAGACCCAGAAUCUAGGCUCAGAACCCACUAUCUUGAGUUAGGCUUUGUUGGAUUAAUUAAGAAUAAAUUUAAUAUUACUUAAAACUUAACUACUUAAAACUAUUAAUAUCCUACAUCUUAGUAUUUUAGACUUAAAGGCUAGACUUUAAAUAUAAAUCGGAAACCUAGACACAUAGUAGAUAUACCUUGUACGUUUUAAUAGAUAAAUAAAUUGUUUUUUAACUUUGUAUUUCUUGCUUAUUAUGUCCCUAUAGUAUUUUCCUAUUAGGUAAAAUAAACGUAGGUGACAGUUGGCGCCCAACUGUUUGUUUUAGAUUUUGGGUCUACUGGAGGGCUGGUAAGUUUCCUUUUCUAUCAGCAUUAUUGGUGUCGGUGUGUGCAUGUCGCAGAUUAGAAGUUAAGUAGUUAAAUUAGGUUCACUUUAGUUAAGCGUAGUUAGGCGUUGUUGUUAAUAGUCCGUUACUUAUAGUAAUCUUUCCUCAAAGUAAAAAAAAAACUAGAUUGAUUCUUGCAACACUUAUCUAGAAUUUAUUAUAAAAAUAUACAGCUUUUAGAACUCAAAAUGUCUCACCCGAUCAAGUACUUACAGUUGACUAAGACAGAAUUGAUUUAUGAAGUAAAAAUUCGCGCUGAGGAACCUAAAGAAAGAGUAGAGGAGUUAAGGCAACAAAUAUCUAAGCUUGCUAUUAGAUUUCCAUCUGAAGAAGUACUCGAUUCUUGCUAUGAUUUUGAUGACGACAUCGCCGGUGUGAAACACACUCUAGCUAAAGCAGCAAUUAAUGUAGCUUGCCUUAAGCAAGACCCACAACAAAGGAGUUUACUCGAACGCACUCAAACAUUCCUUAACCAUAUACACCACAGGCUUAACAGAAUUUGUUCACCUGACGCCUCACCCGAAAAAUCGGCUUUGCUAAAUGAAACCAAACAGUUUUACAACGAUCAAUGGUCGUCCUUCCAGGAAAUCUUAGCGUCCCUGCCUCAGGGUGACGCUCAACCGACUGCUGCCCCCAAACGCAAUAAAGCAUUAGCAACCUCUAACCUUACCUCCCAGGACAACUUCACCGACGACUCCAGCGAACUUAAUACGAACGCUGAUAUCUCAAAUCCAGAGGGUGCAAAUAAUUACAAUAUCAAGGUUACUUGUGACCGUGGUCUAAGCUCCGAUAUAUCAAAACUUAAAUAUGACGGUAAAUCUUGCGUUCGGGCUUUUAUUGCACGCGCUAAAGAGUUCCGUCUUGCUAAAGAUGUCACUGACAAGAAGAUGCUCUCAUUGGCUACGGAAAUAUUUACAGGGGAUGCCUUACACUGGUUCCGCAGUGUUAAGGAAACUGUUCAUUCAUGGGAGGACUUGCUGAACAUGCUAAAGAGCGAUUUUGACGUUGCCAAUUUUGAUUAUCUCAUGCGCAGGGAAAUUAGUAACCGUAGUCAGGGCCCCUCUGAGUCAAUCACUGUCUACCUAGCGAUCAUGCAUGGCAUGUUUAGUAGGCUGGACGCAAUGCCAAGUGAGAGAGAACGUCUUGAGAUCAUUUUGCACAAUAUACGUCCUUGUUAUUCGAGCGUACUUGCUACUUGUCCCAACUUGAACUCACUCACUGAAUUACGCACGCUCUGUAGGAACUACGAACAAAUAAAGGCUCGAUCUGAUAAUUUUAAGGAACCACCUGCGGUCUCUUCGUCUACCUUAGCACCCGAGUACUGCUACCAGCCUAGAAAGGACGCUAUAAAGAGUAGCUCAAAGGCCGGUUCCGCCAACUACCAGGCCACUCCGAACUAUUCGCAAACUUUUUCUAAGCCUAGCUUUAGUAAAUUUCAGAAUGUCUCAGCUAUUGCGGAAAACAAAUAUUGCUACCGUUGCCGUGUCAAUUCUCAUUCAAUGAGAGAAUGUACAGCAGAGCGUACCAUUCUUUGUUUUAAGUGUGGCCUUCAAGGUUUCCGUUUUCCUGAUUGUCCACAGUGUCACCCCUCAAAGAAAAAGGAAACUUGUGCCAUCGAACCGCCUACCGAAACGGUUCCAAAAAACUAAAUGAUGAAAAUUGUUGCACACCGCGACACGAGAAUUUAGACUGGGAAAAUUGGCUCGUGACCAUUCGUAAUUUCUUCAAUACAUAUAAGGUUGCAACAAUUUUCAAUUCAAAACCCACAAACGAUCCUCGACCAUUCAUUAAAGUAAAUAUCGGUUCCAAGGUUCAAAUGUACGGCCUCUUAGACUCCGGGUCCGCCUUAACUAUUAUUAGCGAUGACACCUAUUCGUAUCUCUCUAAAAUUAAUCCAGACUUACAGUUAACCGAUAAUGAUAAUUCAAAUAUUACCGGAGCUGGACGCAACAAGUUACACUGUCUGGGUUACUUAGCGUUACCUGUUACUUUCAAAAAUACUACUCAUGUGUUAAAAGUGUAUGUUAUUUCCAACUUAGAAAAUUCCCUUAUCCUCGGCGUUGACUUCUGGAAGAUAUUCAAUAUUUUACCUAAAUGGCUAGACAACAUUGAUUACCUCUCUCCUCUUGAACAUAAAUCUACGCAAAUAGCAUCUAUUACUCCUGAUAUACACUUGCAUUCAUACAAGCACCUUGAACCCUCACAAAAAGUAGUAGCUGACGAAUUAAUUGCGCGUUUUAAUGACAUUUCAUUU